AUGUCGAUCAGCAAUUCCUCCUCCGUAGAACCAUGUUCAAUUAUUCCCAAAGCCAAGUACCUAUUUUUGAAGGAGAAAACUAUAGGUAUUGGGUUGAUCGGAUGCGUUUCUUCUUUAUUGCAUGAGACUUAUGGGGGAUUGUUGAAGAAAGGUAUGAUGAUUCUCCAUCGACAAGUGAUGAUUCAUCCUCUACAAGCAAAAGUACAGAGACUCGAUCUCGG